AUGUCUACCACAGUCAUCAACACCGACGACGACUACCUGGAGCCCACCCUCCAGUCGAUCCUCGACCAGCAGUCGCUGCGCUGGAUCUUCGUCGGCGGCAAGGGCGGUGUCGGCAAGACGACAACCUCGUGCUCUCUGGCUAUUCAGCUGGCCAAGGUCCGCCGUUCGGUCCUGCUCAUCUCGACCGACCCCGCCCACAACCUCAGCGACGCCUUCAGCCAAGCGCGUCUGAUCGAUGGCUUUACCAACCUGAGCGCUAUGGAGAUUGACCCUAACGGCAGCAUCCAGGAUCUCCUGGCUGGUCAGGGUGAGAAUGAGGGUGCUGGUGAUAUGGGUGGUGUGGGCGGCAUGAUGCAGGAUUUGGCAUUUGCGAUCCCUGGUAUUGACGAAGCCAUGUCUUUCGCCGAAGUCCUCAAGCAAGUCAAGUCGCUCUCCUACGAGACCAUCAUCUUCGACACUGCGCCCACCGGCCACACCCUUCGCUUCCUGCAGUUCCCCUCGGUCCUCGAGAAGGCGCUGGCCAAGGUUUCGCAGCUUUCCUCCCAAUACAGUCCCUUGCUCAACGGCUUCCUCGGCUCCAACGGCACGCUGCCCAACGGCCAGAACCUGAACGAGAUGAUGGAGAAGCUGGAGACGUUGCGGGCGACCAUCUCGGAGGUGAACACGCAGUUCAAGGACGCGUCCCAGACCACGUUUGUGUGCGUGUGCAUCCCCGAGUUCUUGUCGCUGUACGAGACGGAGCGCAUGAUCCAGGAGCUGGCCACCUACAGCAUCGACACCCACAGCAUCGUGGUCAACCAGCUCCUGUUCCCGAAGCCGGGUUCCGACUGCAAGCAGUGCACGGCCCGCAGGGAGAUGCAGAAGAAGUACCUGGAUCAGAUCGAGGACCUGUACGACGAUUUCAACGUUGUCAAGAUGCCGCUGCUGGUGGAGGAGGUCCGUGGUAAGGAGAGGUUGGAGAAGUUUAGCGAGAUGUUGGUCAAGCCUUUCGUGCCGCCACAAUAG